CUGACCCGAUGAAUCAGUAUCCAUCGAGUAUUCGCUCUCAUCGCUUCGUUUCUCGCAGUAGGCGAAGCGAACGCGUAUCGAAAUGGUUUUGUUGGACUUGCUUGUUGUUCUGAUUCCGAUCGUUUCGUAUCUGCUCUACCGAUGGGCAGUGGCCACCUACGAUUUUUUUGAAAAGCGAAAAAUUCCCUAUGUAAAACCCUACCCGUUUGUUGGGGGAUUGUGGCCGGUGUUCUCCGGGAAGCUCCAUCCAACCGAUGCCGCCGUUUUGGGGUACAACCUGUUCCCGGAGAAUCGCUUCUCGGGAUUUUUCGCGUUCCGUCGGCCGGGAUAUCUUAUCCACGAUCCAGCGCUGGCGAAACAGAUUAUGAUCAAGGAUUUCGAUCACUUCACUGAUCAUAUGAAUACGAUUUCGGUGGAUGUGGAUCCCAUUUUUGGGCGGGCACUGUUCUUUAUGGAUGGACAACGAUGGCGUCAUGGACGGUCUGGGCUAAGUCCGGCAUUUACGGGAAGCAAGAUGAGGAAUAUGUUCACUUUGCUAUCCAAGUAUGUCGAAGGGGCCAUGCAGCGGUUGGCUCAAGAUGCCGGACAAGGGAAGAUGGAGCUGGAGAUACGUGAUCUGUUUCAAAAGCUUGGCAAUGACAUCAUCACGUCGAUUUCGUUUGGCGUAGAAAUCGAUUCGGUGCACAAUCCAAACAACGAGUUUUUCAAAAGGGGAAAGCAGUUGGCAGCCACUGGUGGUUUUCAGGGACUUAAAUUUUUCUUUUCGUUGGUCGUACCCGACAGCGUUUUCAAACUAUUCGGGAUUCGAUUCCUACCCAAAGAAGCGGCUGAUUUUUAUGUUGAUGUCGUAUCGAAAACUAUCAAGCAUCGCGAAGAGUACAAAAUUGUUCGACCAGAUUUUAUUCAUUUGUUCGUACAAGCUCGUAAAAACGAACUAAAAGAGGAAACAGCUGAUGACGAGUUGAAAAGUGCCGGAUUUACCACUGUUGAGGAGCACAUAGAAGCUUCUACGGAGAACAGCCAAUAUACGGAUUUGGACAUCACAGCGGUCGCUGCCUCAUUCUUCUUUGGAGGUAUUGAAACGACUACAACGAUGCUAUGCUUCGCUCUAUACGAACUUGCAGAAAAUAAAGAAGUUCAACAAAAGCUUCAAGCAGAAAUUGAUUCAGUGAGGAAAGAGCUCGGAGAAGAUAGUUUGACAUACGAGAUGCUCCAGAAAAUGAAAUACCUAGAUAUGGUCGUAACGGAAACCUUACGGCGAUGGCCACCCCUGGGGAUAACCAAUCGAGUAUGCGUCAAACCGUACACCUUCGAGGACCAUGAAGGAACUAAAGUAACCAUCGAAAAGGGUCAACUCAUCCAGAUUCCCGUUCAGUCGUUCCAUCGCGAUCCCAACUUCUUCCCCGAUCCGUACCGUUUCGAUCCGGAGCGGUUCUCCGAAGAGAACAAACACAAAAUCAAUCAGGAUGCCUUCUUGCCGUUUGGAAGUGGACCUCGGAACUGUAUCGGCUCGAGGCUGGCGCUGAUGCAAGCCAAAUGUUUGCUGUACUAUUUGUUCAGUGCUUUUUCGCUGGAGUAUUCCGACAAGAUGGACGUGCCGAUCAAGCUGAACAAGAUGUCGCUGACGUAUACGGCGAAGAAUGGAUUUUGGUUCAAUUUAGUGCCGAAAAGAGUGGCUGUGUAAAGUGAUAGUUUGUCAUUUAUUGUAUUGUAUAACUUUUAUUGAUUAAUACAUAUCUUAUCGAGAAUAUUAUUCAUAUCAAA